AUGAGCAACGCGGGGAUGGACACAAGCGGCUUCAGGGCUUCAGACGAGCUUCCCGCAGACUCGACCUGGGAGCGGUUCACUGUGGUCGAUGUCGGGGAUGGCUCCAUCGCUUUGCACAGCGGUGUCCACAACCGCGGCUUGGUCUUUCACACCGAUGGCGUAAGGGAUUCGCCGGCCCGUGUCUUCUUGCGCCGAAACUGGCCUGAGGACAAGGUCCAGGCAGCUCUUUUCGUUCGUUCGGUUGCGCAGAGCUUUGCGAUAGCCGAACACUUCUCGAGUUUCAAGCGACACCGGGUAAAGACCAUCACCCCAACCACCACUUCGGCUGAAGCUGAGCAGCGACAUGGGAUCAGCACUCAGGGCCAAUCGGUUGACGGCUUCGUCUCGUUGUCGGAUGAUGGGAUCGUGGGCGUGAGCGAAGCAAAGAAUCUUGCUGGUGCUUACGUGAGGGAACGGAACGCAACAGAGCUGCCGGCGGCCCUUGAGCGCUUCCGCGUGGUGCAGGUGGUCAGGCCCUUCCUGGAGCCCGGGUCCGUAGUCGCCUUGCAUUGCGCACGCUGGAACCGCUUCCUGCGCAUGAACAGUCAGGCGGACAUGGAUAGCAGCGGCUGGAGGGACGUGGACUCGCUUCCGGAUUCGUGGACCUGGGAGCGCUUCACCGUUGUCGAUGCUGGGCAUGGGAAGAUCGCGCUCCACAACUCUGUGCACAAUCGCUUUGUGACGAUGAACGGCGCGGAAAUGGAAACCAGUGUCCCCAUGGCCAGCAGCGACCUGCCUGCAUAUUCUACCGGCGAGGCUUUCGCGGUGAGAUAUUUCCCAACUGGGGAGAUUGCCUUGCACAACACCUUCUUCAAUCGGUACGUCCGCAUGACA